AUGAAAUUCGAGAAAAUGGAUGAAGAAGGUCAUUCACUUCUCUCUCUCUUCGACGGGCAAUCCCUUUUGCAUUCUCAUCAUCUGAAGGAAGAUGGACAUGCCAUUCCACAGGUCCUUCCUUCCAAAGUCCGACAUGCAAUCAUGUCUGUGGAGAAUGGUGCUUCACUCGGCUCCAACACGAUCAAUUCUGAACGUCUGAAAAACCCACCGCCACUCCUUAUCAACACAUUGGCUAUGCUCUUCACUCAUUAA